GAAGUUCUUCGAAGAACGAGGCGGCCGAAGUGAAAUACUACCCAAAGAUUAUCUUCUGGAAUAAAAACUAAGCAUGGAAGAGGAUAAAACAUGUCAAACAGCAGCUGCAGAAGCUGCUGCACCAGAGACGGAUGUCAAAAAGACACCAGCUGCUCCCCAGGCUGCCGCCCGCCUGCCUGAGAUUCGCCUGGUUGUGCUGGGAUGGAGGUGGCCGGGGAAGAGCUUGACAGCCAACACCAUCAUCGGCAAGGAGGAGUUUCGCCUGGAGCGGGCGGCCGAGUUUUGUGUGAAGAGGGAGACGGAGGUGGAUGGGCGGCAGGUGAUMGUGGUGGACACCCCGGGCUGGUUCUCUGCUCAGGAUACGCCCCCCUCGUACAAAGAGGAACUACUCCGAGGACCCUCUCUUUGCCCCCCGGGUCCUCACGCCUUCUUGCUGAUCAUCCCCGUGGGCAUGUUCACCGAGGUGGACCGUGGACGCAUCGAGGAGCACGUCAGUCUCUUUGGCGAGCRGGUUUGGAGGCACACCAUCGUGGUGUUCACCUGGGCGGAGGUCUUGAGGACCAUUUCCAUCGAGAGGUACAUCCGCAGGGAGGGCAAAGAACUGCAGUGGGUGCUGGAGAAAUGCAAGAAACGCUACUUUGUUAUUAACAACUGUGCAUUUGGGGAGAAUCCCCAGGUGGGACGCUUAAUGGAAAAGGUGGAGAAGCUGGUGGCACUGGAGGGUCUAUAUAGUCCAGAAGAGGUGAAGAAACCUCUGGAUGUGAACCAGAACGCAGCUAGAGAUGUGCAGGAUCUGGGGGCCCGACCUAAACAGAACUCUGGACUGGGUUUAUGAAAGGCCCACAGUGAGAGAUGACUUCCUGCUGGUUCUUUUAAAGUAAAGUCCUGACUGCGUUUCURUAAAUGAGAAAUACGUUUUAAACAUCAAAUCAGUUUUUAAUGAUGAAUAUUUCUAUCUUAUCGAUGACACUCCUCGUCGUUUAUAUGUAAAACACACGAACAUCCAGAGAAUUAUCAGCUGGCUCUACACUUCUUUCAGUUUGAAGCUGUUUUUUUUUUCUUUUUUUAAAAAAAUUUUGUAAUAUAAACAAAUUAUAAAAAAAAGUCCAGAUUAAUUUAAAAGUUUUCUUGUCUUCAAGUUACACGACACACACAAAUGUUACGUCACAGACUUUGAUUAAUCAUUUCUGUUUUCAGGGAAAUGUUGUCCUUUCCUUACAAGGUUGAGACACAUUUUCUGAGGUUUUCUUAAGUUAAUAUAUUUUAUAACACACUUUUGUCAUAAUACCACAAAGUAGGACAGCAGUUUUUUAUGCCUCUUCUUAAUGAUCUUUCAUACAACUUCAGGAUAUCCAGCAGAUUUUGACAGAAAGUGGCAAAUUAGUUUCAACUUUGUCACUAUUCAGGGUGUAAAAGAAAUAAUAAAGUAACAGUAGGGUAGCACUUUAUUAAUUUUCCCUUUUAUAUAAUAAUUUAACUGCUUAGUAAAAUUUGCUGUUAAUAGCACAACAACGAUAAAUUCAGGAUGUUUUGUGGAGAUAAAAGGGAGAAAUGGGAAUGAGAAAACUUGAAUUCCUCUAAAUGGAAAAAGUUUUGAACCGAAAAGCUCCAAACUUUAGUUAAUGUUGACAUCAAUGAAAUUCUUUAUAUGCUCAAACACAAAAAGUUUUUUUAUUUCUUCACAUAUCCCUUCCCCCUUUUUAGGGAAGUGAGAUCAUGAGACUUCACACAGAAACCUUUUAGUGUUACUCAUUCUCUGA